GCUAGGUAUACAACGAACCGUUGCCAAGGAAACUUUAAAACUCCAGUGUUAUAACGAUGAAAACCUUAUACCUGUCUGUCCGUGACGUCAAGUGCAUUGCAAUUAAAUUAAUAACAAAAUAAGAUUCAGUUAUAACAUUAAUAAUUUAAUAUCAAACAAAGAAGUCGAAAAAAGUAGAAAACAAUGAAGUUCAUACCUUUGCACACGAAGAACACAUCUAUAAUUUAUAAAAACUCGCUAUGCUCUUCCGCAAGCAUUAUCGUGCUCAUUUUCAUUAUAUUGUCUGUAAUGAUUCCCAUGUUGCUGGUGUCGCUACUUAGUCCAUAUUCUGGUAUUUCUGAGUCACGCAUUCUUUUCGAGCAACCGCGAUUGCAAUUCAAAUUCCACAGCAUAUUAAUUGCUGACACGGAAGGGGAAGCAAUGAAUAAUAAGCAAGAUGUUAAUUUGGUAGUUUGCAGUACUUUGCCUCAGCUAAAUUCUGUCGUAAUGGAACAUGGCAAUAGUUGUGAAGGAAUUAAGUAUUGGACCGAUGAUUUUGAUCAUGAUAGCACAAUUGACCGAGCCCAUUUCCAACAACAGAUAGAAUCACUUCCGGGUCGAAUCAGAAGCAUCGACUUGGCCAUCUUUUUUGAAGCAAAGCUGAAGCACAAAUGUUCACUUUCACCGCCUGCGCUCCUUACUUAUCAUAAUGUUAUCCCAUCAGGAAUGCAAUUAAGCUCUGGUACCAUAUUACUGAAAGCUGAACUAAAACUAAAACAAUACAUAGAGUUUACAUGUCCUUUUCCGGGACGCAAUAUAAAAACCCAGUUCCAUCAUGUGAAUCUCAGCUCUAAUAGUAGUCACGUCGCCUUGGGCGAUUUCCAAUUACAGCCCCUCCUUGAACAGCUAAAGAAGAAUCCGGCAUAUUUUCAGCUCUCGGAGCAAGAAACUUACUUUCGUCAAGAACCAGGAAACACUCUUCGAAUACAAUUAGAUUUGGAUGUAAUGCAAGUGCCAGCACGAUAUCACUUGAGUGUUUGGGAGCGACUGGGACAAUUUUGGUUAUAUUUUGCCUCCUUCUUCGGAAUAUCAUUCUAUGUUAUGAACAAGGUUAAAGACUAUUUGUUUGGCCAGCACAUAAUUCGGGCUUGGGAAGUGAUACCAUGGAAAAAACUUUACUGACACGAACCGCAGCGAGAUUGCAUUGAUUUGGAUGAUUUCUCAACUUCGGUUAUGUACUAAUUAAACAUGCGGGUAAAAGUAUCCCCUAUUGUUAA